CAGCCAGCCAACGCCUCCCACCCACCGCUGCAGCGUAUUUCCUGGGUGGGACCUUGACGGUGUUUUGCUGGGGGGGAGGCCGGCCCGGACCGUCUCUCUCGCGCAGUCUCUGCGGGGGGGGGGCACAGGAGCCAACCCCUGCCGCGCCCUGACACUUCAGGGGAGAAACGCCCGUCCCCCCGCCUCGGGCAGGCUGCAUGGGGGGGGGGGUGCUCGGAACUCCCGCCCGGGGAGGCCCGCGGCGGGCACGUGGGAGCUCUGCGGGACCAGGCGGCGGAGGCUGGGGGAUAAUCCAGCCCCGCUGGCGAGCCGAGUCCUUCCCACGUCGCCGCCCCAGCGCGAUAGCGGCAGCAGGGCGCGGCCGUGCCCCCCCCCGACGCCCGCCCCUUCUACGUCUGGCGGCCGCUCCCCCGCGGCACCGGCUAUAAGAGGCUCCGGCUGGGGCCGGCCGCACAUGCUGGCGGCGCAAAGCGGUGGGAGCUUGCGGCCAUGAAGUCCCCGCGAACUAAGAGCGCGGCCGGCAAAGGCUCCGGUGACGGGCUCCCUCGUGCCCUCCCGUCCCGUCCGGGCUCGGGCCCUGGCGCCCUGCGGGCGGACGCCGGGGAGCUGGCGGAGGUGCUGGGCGAGUUCGAUGCCGUGAUCGAAGACUUCUCCUCGCCCGUCAGCAAGCGCCACUUUCAGUACGAGGAGCACCUGGCGCGGCUGAAGCGGCGGAGCAGCGCUAGUGUUGGCGACGGCAGCGGCGUGAGCGACUCGGAGAGUGCAGAUUCACUCUACAGAAACAGUUUUAGCUUCAGUAAUGAAAAACUUAACUCUCCAACAAUGUCAAUUCCAACUCCAACUUUACCAUCUCCAGCAGUAACUUCUUGUAAAGCAAAGCUUGGGGACACAAAAGAACUAGAAGACUUUAUUGCUGAUCUUGACAGGACAUUAGCAAGUAUGUGAAGCAAAGGGAUUUUUGGCAUCAUCCUUGUCUACAGGUAAUUCCUUGAAAGAUGCAAUGAAGACCUAGUGAUGUGGAUCACUGAAAGCUGCUGCCAUGUCUGACAACUGUCAACUUUGCUAUCCAGCAUAUUCAUCUUCUGAACAUAACAAUAGUCACUUUUGCUAAGCAUUUAACUGAUGACAUCAGUUUUGUAACUUUGCAGCAGGCAGGAUCAGAUGACUUAAAUGUGCCGUUACUAUAUUUUUUCUUAAAAAUAUCGCUUAAAUUUUAAUUUAAAAUUGCUUUUAUGAAAAUAUAUUUGUAAUUUUAUAUAGUUGGGAAACUUUAAUGCUUUUAAUAUAUUUUUGUAUACAAAUAAAACCUGAACUGAAA